GUUCCUACUCAUCUGGUUCGUCGCAGACUGACGGACUCUGCUGCAUCAUGUCGUGCUGAACUCUCGCGCUCGUCAGGACAUUAAUCUCUCCCCCGUGGUGAACCAACAUGUUGUGUCGGCCUCCAUCAUCCAGCCGCCGCCGCCGUGUGCCCCCGAGGCUGGCGGGCCUCUGGGUCGUGGCGGCUCUGGGGUGUUUGCUGGCCCGGUCCGGAGCAGCGGAGGAGGCGGCGGCGGCCGGCGGCAGCAGCAGCAGCAGCAGCAGCGGCGGCAGCGGCGGCGGCGGGACUGGGAGCCUGUGGUACCAGGACCUCUGCAGAUAUAAGUGGGAAGCUAUCGACCGCGACAACAGAGUGAGCUACACGUUGAAGCUCUGCGAGUCUUCGCCGGCGACCAGCUGCGGCCCGAGCGCCGCCGCCUGCGCCCAGGACCUCGCCACCGGCACCAGACAGUCCGUCGGUGAGCUGUCGCUGCAGAGACUCUCCGGCACGGUGCUGGAUUACAACAGCACGGAGAAAUGUCCGGGGAGCAGCAACAACAUUCAGACCAGCAUCAGCUUCCAGUGUGGGAAAACCAUGGGGACCCCGGAGUUUGUGGCCGUGUCCCAGUGCGUGCACUACUUUGAGUGGCGGACCUACGCCGCCUGCAAGAAAGACAAAUUCAAGCCGCACAAAGAGGUGCCCUGCUACGUGUUUGACUCGGACGGUAAGAAACACGAUCUCAACCCACUGAUCAAGGUGAGCGACGGCUACCUGGUGGACGACGGCGACGACACCGUCGACUUCUACAUCAACAUCUGCCGCAGUCUCAACCAGCCAGAUAAAUCCUGUCCCGACGGCUCUGCAGCUUGUCUGGUGACCAGCGAUGGAACCUACAACAUGGGUUCUCCCACCAAACCGCUGGAGCUGGUGGACAGUGACAGUCUGAGGUUACAGUACGAACUGAGCGCCGGUUCAUCUCCUCCGGAAUUCUGCAAGGGACACAAUCCUGCCGUCACCAUCACGUUCACCUGUCCAUCGAGCAGAAAUUCUGGCAGCACUCCGAAGAUGACGGCGGAGUCCCACUGUCGUUACGAGGUGGUGUGGGUGACGGAGUACGCUUGUCACCGAGACUAUCUGGAGAGUCACAACUGCAAACUGACCAGCGAGCAGCACGACAUCUCCAUCGAUCUGACGCCGCUCACCUUGAGCUCUUCAGACCAUCCCUACUACGCACACUCCGGCGAGGGCGCCGAAAGCUACGUCUACUACCUGAACGCGUGCGGACCGGUCGUCAACGACGAAUGUGGCAGCAACCCGUUAAUGUCGUCCUGCCAGGUGAAGAAGAGCGGCGGCGUCGCCAACAAAGUGGCUGGAAGAUACCAGAACCAAACGUUACGUUACUCAGACGGAGACUUGACUCUGAUCUACCCGGAUGGUGACAGUUGCUCCUCUGGCUUCAAGAGGAUGACCAUCAUCAACUUCGAGUGCAACAAGAACGCAUCCGACGGCGGCCGAGGGAACCCGGUGUUCGCCGGCGAGACGGACUGCACCUACUACUUCGACUGGGAGACGGCUUUCGCCUGCGUCAAGGAGAAGGAGGAUCUGCUGUGUCGGGUCCGAGACGGCAACAAGCACUACGACCUCUCGCCCCUCACCAGAUACCCCGGGUCGGACGUCGGUGCGAACUGGGAGGCCGUGGAUGCCAACUCUCCGAAGCCCGACUCGCGUUUCUACCUGAACGUCUGUCACAAAGUCGUCCAGACGGGAGGAGCCGCCGGCUGCCCGGUGAACGCCUCCAUCUGCGCCGUGGAUAAGGAACACGGGGCCAUCAGCCUGGGCGGCUUCCUCUCGUCUCCCCAGAAGACCAAAGUGGGCGACGACAUCCGACUGGUGUACACCGACGGGGAUUUCUGCGUCCACAAGAAGACGAGGAUCCAAACCAUCCUCACCCUCAAGUGCAAACCAGGAGAUCUCGAGAGCGCCCCCGUCCUCCGCAGCGUCUCGUCCGACGGGUGCGUGUACGAGCUGGAGUGGUACACCGCCGCCGCCUGCGUCCUCUCGAGAACGCAGGGGGACAACUGCAAGGUGGAGGACCCUCAGGCCGGGUUCUCUUUCGACCUGUCGCCUCUCUCCAAAGACGGCGGCUUCUACAACCUGACCAGCGGAAACUACGACUACUACGUCAACGUCUGCGGUCCGGUCAAAGCGGCCAACUGUCCUGAAAAGGCCGGAGCGUGCCAGGUCGAAAAGAGCUCUUGGAGUCUCGGCGAAGCCAACUCCCGUCUGUCCUACUACGACGGCCUGAUCCAGCUGAACUACAUUAACGGCUCCCAGUACAACAACAAGGAACACACCCUCAGAUCCACGUUCAUCUCCUUCCUCUGCGAUCCAGAGGCCGGAGCGGGAAAACCAGAAUUCCAGGUUGAAGACAAGUACACUUAUAACUUCCGCUGGUACACUUCGUACGCAUGUCCCGAAAGGCCCCACGAGUGUCUGGUGACGGAUCCCAACACUCUUGAGCAAUACGACUUGUCCAGCCUGUCUCGCUCCACCACCAGCAGCGGCAACUGGCAGGCCAUGGACUUGUCCGACACGGUGAACCUGAAGAAAUACUACAUCAACGUGUGUCGGCCCAUCAACCCGGUGCCCGGCUGCGACCGCCAAGCGUCCGUCUGCCAGAUGAAGUACACGUCCGAGCAGGGCUCUCCGAAGGAGGUCGUGUCCGUCAGCAACAUGGGGAUUUCCAAGCGAGGGCCGGUGAUCGAGGACCGGGACCAGCUGCUGUUGGAGUUCACCAACGGCUCCGUGUGCACGUCGGACGGCGGCCAGAAGCUCACGUACACGACGCGCAUCCACCUGGUCUGCUCCAGAGGAACCACGGCGAUGGGCCCGCGCUUCCUCAUGUACCAGAACUGCACCGCCAACUUCAUUUGGGAGACCAGGGCGGCCUGUGCCAUCAGGACCACCAAGAACAACAGCUGUGCUGUUGUGGAUCCCGACACCGGCUUCGAGAUCAACCUUCAGCUUUUGGCUUCAAAGACCGGAUACAAGACAAACGCGAACGGGAAGGACUUCCUGGUGAACAUCUGUGCAGAUCAGGCAGAGUGCGGCGCCGGCAUGGCCGGCUGUGAAAUGGAGGAUGGGCGUCCCUCCAGCCCAGUCGGGGUGGAGAAGACCCUCCAGUACUCAACCGACAAUCUGAUCCAACUCACGUACAAGGGAGCGCUGGAUGAUCCCACAGCGACUCGCGACACCUUCACCAUCAACUUUGUGUGCGAUCACAACUCCCACCCGGGCUCGCUGAAGCUGGUGCGGGAGGGUUUGAGCACGCUGCCCAAACACGUGGUCCACGACGUCCUGUUCGAGUUCUCCACCGCGCUGGCCUGCCUCCCCGCUCCGGUCGACUGCCAGUUCAGUGACCCCCACGGUAAUUCGUACGACCUGAGCAGCCUGAUCCGGAACGCGGAGGACAGCCCCUGGAUCCCAAUCGACACCGACUCUGUCAAGUCGCGCAGCUUUUACGUCAACGUGUGCAAACCUCUGCCCCACGUCACCGGCUGUCCAGUCGGUCCUUUGGGCGCCUGCGGUCUGAUCGACGGCAAAGGCUUCAACCUGGGAUACGUCCAGUCUGCGCCGCAGGUGGCGGAGGGCGGCUCCAUCAGCAUCACGUACCAGAACGGAGACCUGUGCGGUGCCACGGGCCGAUACUCCACGCGCAUCAUCCUGCAGUGCGACCACAAUGUGGGCUCCCCCAUGUUUGACCGCAAAGAUGGUUGUGAAUACGUCUUCAUCUGGAGGACGUCGGAGGCGUGUCCCAUCAAGAAGGCUCAAGGCGCCGACUGUCGCGUUCGCGACCCGAAGACCGGCUACGAGUUCGACCUGAGCUCCCUGAAGGGCCGAGACUACCCGAUCCGAAGCGACAAGUACAUCUACCACCUGUCGGUGUGCGAGGGGCUGAAGAGGGACGUCUGCACGCACGGCAACUCCGGCCUCGAGGCCGUGUCCUCCUGCCAGGCGGACGGUGACAAGCACAAGAUCGCAGGGGUGGCGAACCAGAUCCUGAGCUACGUGGGAGACCAGCUCAUCCUGAACUACACCGGCGGAGAGACGUGUCAUAAGACUUACCAGAGGUCAACGGAGAUUUACUUCUCCUGCCACCCUGACAUGCAUCCGGGAGCACCAGAGUUCAUCAAGGAGAAUCCAGACUGUACCUACCUGUUCAACUGGCCCACAGCUCUGGCAUGUGUCAAGGGCAAAACCACCAGCUGCUCCUACAACGAUGGUCAGGGCCACUCGUACGACCUCUCCCCUCUCGCCUUGGACUCCCGGAACUGGGAGGUGGAGUCGUCGAGCGUGGACACGCAGAACCGGUUCUACAUCAACGUCUGCAGGUCGCUGGUGCAGCAGGGAGGCUCGUGGAAGUGUCCCUCCAGCGCGGCGUCCUGCGUGAAGGUGGGAGACGAAUACGUGAGUCUGGGGCAGGUGGAGUCCGGUCCCACGUGGGACGGAAGUGUCCUGAAGCUGCGGUACACCAGCGGCCAGGCCUGUCCCGACGGACAGCGCAACAGGAGCAGCAUCGUCCGCUUCAAGUGCGACAAGGACCGAGUGGACUCCCGGCCCACGAUGAUCUCCGCCCUGGAGGACUGUGUGUACACCUUCCUGUGGCUAACCGCCGCCGCCUGCCCUCUGAACAGCAGUCAACACGACGAGUGCAGGGUCUCCAACCCGGCUACAGGUCAUACGUUUGACCUGAACGCGCUGGCGAAGGACGGCGGCUACACCGUCUACGAUCACCAGGACCACCGGAAGAUGUUCCGCAUGAACGUCUGCGGAAACGUGGCCAACGCCGGAUGCAGCCCCGACACCGCCGUGUGCAUUAAGGACGGCGGCACCGCGGUCAGCGCCGGUCAGGUGAGCAGGAAGCUCUCGUACAAGGAUCACGUCGUGGAGCUGACGUACGAAGGAGGAGGUCCCUGCGCGGCGAACACCGACCUGCGACACAGUACCGUCAUCCACUUCAUCUGCAGACCACCCAACAUGGGAUCGGCGCCCGCGGAGCCGGUCCUCAUCGACUCGGAUGCUAAAACCUGCACACACUUCUUCUCCUUCCACACGCCGCUGGUCUGUGAGCAGCCGGUGAAGUGUUCAGUGCAGAACGGCUCCGCUCUCAUAGACCUGACUCCGCUGAUUCACGUCAACGGAUACUACACGGCAACAGACGAGGCGGUGGACCAGAGCAACGGAUCCUCGGACUUCUACAUCAACGUGUGCCUGCCUCUGAACCCCAUCCCCGGGGUCACCUGCCCCCCCGGAGCCGCCGUCUGCAUGGAUCCUGACAACGGGCCACCAAUGGAUAUCGGUCGGACCACCAGCGGCCCCCAGAUCGACAGCGCAACGGGGGAGGUGUCCAUCACCUACAACAGUUCCAGCGUGUGCGCGGACGACCCGAAUCAGAACUACUCCUCCACCAUCAUCUUCACCUGCCAGAGAGGCCUGGAGCUGGGGUCUCCACGGAUGCUGAAGCUGGAAUGUGUGUAUCUGUUCGAGUGGGCGACGCCCGUCGUCUGUCCGGACGCCACCCACACCACCGGCUGCCAGCUCACCGACUCCCAGCUCCAGUUCACCUUCGACCUCUCGGCGCUUUCUGGUGAAGUUCAGGUGACCGGUCCCUCCAGCACCUACCAGAUCAGCGUCUGCAGCUCAGUGGCAGAGCCGGCCUGUCAGAACAGCGCAGUCUGCCGGGUGUCCGGUUCUGGCUCAAACAAGUCGGCUUCGUCGUUUGGCAUCAGCAAGGCCAUGACGAUGGACUUCAAACACGAAGAGCAGGCCGUGCUGAUGCAGUACGGCGGGGGAGAUCCCUGCCCACCAGUGACGAACGAGGGAGAUGUGUGCGUGUUCCCCUUUGUCCUCAUGAAGAGGUCGUACUUGGCCUGCACCAGCGACGAGAGGACGGACGGCAAGAAGUGGUGCGCCACCACCGCCAACUACGACAAGGACAGGAAGUGGGGCUUCUGCGGCAGCGCAGCCACCGGUAAACGCCAGUCGUCCAUUAUGUUCACCUGCGACCAGUCGGCGGGCCACGGCUUCCCACAGCUGCUCUCGGAGACGGCGGGUUGCUCGGCCACGUUCCAGUGGAAGACCAGUGCGGUCUGUCCGCCGAGGAAGAUGGAGUGCAAGCUGGUGAGCCAGCAUCAGACGUUCGACCUCCGAACCCUUUCCUCCCUCACGGAGCCGUGGAAGUUCAGCCACAAGGGAGAUUCGUAUUACAUCAACCUGUGUCAGGGCGUCCACGGUGGACUGCCAAGUUGUCCAGAGGGAGCGACCGUGUGUCGACGCUCGGCCGCGGGACAGACCCAGACCCUGGGCCGAGUUUACACUCAGAAGAUGAGCUACUCUGAUGGGAAGAUCUCCGUCAGUUACUCGGCGGGAGAUAACGUCUGUGGCAACGGCGUGAAGGCGAAGACGCUGAUCCAGCUGAGCUGCGGCUCCACGGUUGGACACCCGGCGCUCAUCAGUGUCAACGAGGCGUCGUGCGAGUUCGUGAUUGGCUGGGAGACCCGGUCGGCGUGUGCGGUGAAGCAGCGCUGGGUGGAGAUGGUGAACGGGACGAUACAUUUUCCCGACACCGGAGCUCAUCUCAGCCUGGGAGCCCUCUACUUCAGCCACCAUCAGGCGUCGGGCGACAUCCGACCCAACGGCGACCGAUACAUCUACCACAUCCAGCUGUCGGGCAUCACCAACAACUCCCUGCCCAGCUGCCUCGGUGCCAACAUCUGCCAGGUGAAGCUCAACGAGCCCUACAGACGCCGGAUCGGCUCCUCCAGCAAAGCCAAGUACUACAUCAAAGGAGGAAACCUGGACGUGAUGGUGCCCUCAGAGUCGGCGUGCGGCCGCGAGAGAACCAAAAUGGUGUCGUCCACCAUCAUGUUCCACUGCAACCCGGCGGCAGGCGUCGGCAUCCCCGAGUUCAUGCUGGAGACGGACGGAUGCCAGUAUCUGUUUGUGUGGCACACGGAUGCGGUGUGCCGCCUGACAACUGUCGAUGCAAAGUCGGACGACGACGACGACGACGGCAGCGAGUCUCCGGCUCUGUCCAGGCGGAGCCAGGCGGUGGGCGUGAUGCUGAGCGUCCUGCUGGUGGGCGUGUCCGUCUGUCUGCUCGGGCUUUUACUGCACAAGAGAGAGAGGAGGGAGCUGGUGAUCCAGAAGGUCGCCGGCUGCUGCAGGAGAGGAAACCAAGUCUCCUAUAAAUAUUCCAAGGUCAACAUGGACGAGGAAGGGGGCGAGGAGGAGAUGGAGUGGCUGAUGGAGGAGCUCGAAGCGCCCCCCGCGUCGUGUUCCUCGUCGUCGUCGUCAUCCCACCGCGGCCGCAGUAAGCGCGGCAACGGUCAUAUCACGACCAAGCCGGUGAACGCCGACGGCCUGCGCUCGUUCGCGCUGGACGACCAGGACGACGACAGCGAGGACGAGGUGCUGAGCGUCCCGGGCGUGAAGGUGGUCAAGUCGUCGAGGAACUCGGCCGCUCACCGCAGCGCCUUCCUGCAGGAGGAGAGCGACGAGGACCUGGUCGGCCUCCUGGACGACUCGGACCGGGGGAGGAAGAGGAGCGGCAGACCUCGCCCCUCGGGCCCCAGCCACGGUAACAACACGGCGGCCACUCUGAAACGGGACGAGGACGACAGUGACGAGGACCUCCUCAGGGUGUGAUGUCACUUCCUCCUCCAUCCUCUCCCCUAUCUCAGUGAAUGUCUCCAUAACGGCAACACCCACGACAGUGAAAUAUCAACCACAUAUUGAAAUCUGAAACCUUUCCUCUUUUUUGGGGGGAUUUUUCUUUUUCCGAGACUGCACCUUUCCUCGGGCCUACUCUGACUCUGUCCAGUCCACUGUCUACAGACUGUCACUGUUAGCACACGCCAUCUUAUUUAUUUAUUGAUAGCUGAUUAUUUAAAAUGUUCUCCACGACUUCUUCUCAUCUUUUUCUCUUCAUCAGCCACAAUUAUACCAAUAAAAACCCGAACAGGCGUCAGUUGAGACUUUACGAAUUAACCCCAACAAACAUCUUUCUCGAAAAGUAUUGACUCUGCAGCGAGGCCCGUCAGGAAAUUAAUAAAACUAUUAUAUUAUCUCUCUUUCUCUUCUAGUGUUUUGAAAAUAAAGCUGGGCCAUUUGCUUUAGCACUUUAUCGCGUUGCGUUGAUUCCCUGAAAAUGAUCCGCGCGUCAGUACACGUACAGAACUAUAGGGAAGAGUAUUAGGGGCCAAAUGAGGGGGAAGACUUUACUUUUUAAUUAAUGAGGGGGAUGAUUUUUUUUAAUUUUCCACUUUAUUCCCGAGUAGUAUUUCAACUUUAUUCUCCACAAAUGUAAAAAAUGAACACAAAAAUCUUCCCGCUCAUUUUUCUUCUUCUCAUGACUGGCCCUAGUACCCUUCCGUGGAUUCUACUGGGGGUUGAUUAAUAGUUGUUAACGUCCGUCCGACCGUCAGGACCGAGUUGGAAAACUGUGGGGAAGUAGUGAAACAUUUUGGGAGGAAAAAACAACAACAGCUAUCGAGGGGAAAUAGCAGGAAACCCGCUUCGAUUCCCGCGGCGUCAGGCAGUGGAGGCGUCGGCUUGUGUUGUUUCUGAAGGGACAUGAAGACGCUCGUUGGUUUUUUGGUUUUCUUGCCGUUUACAGUUGCUAUAAUAGCAGAUGUUUUCUCUCUUUCUUUCCCCGGCGAGAAGAAAAGCGCGAUGCCUUCGAACGAUGCAUCAACUUUGCAUUUUUCACCAACAGAUUGAGGUUUUUUUUUUUGGUCUUGUUUUGAUCAGAGACUUUGUACAUUAUGUUCGAUAACGUAGACGUUUUGCUUCGUCGUCUGUUUGUUUGUUUGUUUGUUCGUCGUCGUCAUCACCGGUGAAUUUGCUCACGCAUUUUUUAUUUUAUUUUAUAUGAUCAUUUAAAUUGGUCCGUCUGAGCGGGAUUCUCUGUACGUGUCUCUGUUCCGUGUGGAAACGGAGACGGCCUUAAAGUGUGAAUGGACGGUCAAUGGAGACGGGAGGUUGAAAGUGAGACGUGAGACGACGUGUUUAGGAUGCGUUGGGUUUUUUUUAACUCCCGCUAAAGCCAUAUUUCUUCAGCUGAGAAGUUUUUUCCCCCCCACCCGCUUGACCUGUCCCGUACACGACGGGCUCGGUUUCAGCGUUCAGGUGUGUGAUGGUGGAUGUUGCUCUGUGUGUCAAAAGUGUUAUUAACUCCACAAAGCCAAGUAAAUAAUUUUGUGCCGAAGUCCGCCCCUUUUCAGCCAAAUGCUCGAAAUGAUAAGACAAAAGGAAAUUAUGCGUAAAUAUAGCAGGAAUGCGUUCAGGCCAAAUGUCAAAUGAGUAAACUUGUUCACGUCAGCAGAAUCUGGAUGCUAAUUUUCCGUGAGUGACGCGGCUGACUCUUUGCGUCACUCGCGUUUUCCACCAUUGGUGACGUGAAAUUCGUGUGUCUAUGCGCCGAUGGCGCAAAACCCGUGUCGCUCGUUCAAAUAUUUUCGACGCAAAUUUCGCAUUUUCGCGCGGCGUCCAAAAUCCCAUUCACUUACGCGUUUGGUGUGAACCCACCGUUACAUUUGACAUUUUUUCUGCUCAAUAAUAAAACCAGCGCUGCAACAAAGGAUGUCAGCGAUGAGGGAGGACCCAGGGCUCAGCUGGUAUUUCACUGCUUUCUACAAUGAAUUCACACACUGACUGCAGCGUUUCCCCCACGAGAGUGACGAGUGCCGUAAACCCACACAGUAUAAGUACACAGUAUUUGGGUGCCGUCCCACAGUUCUUGUUGUUCUCCUUUAGAUUGCGAUCACAAACUUGCUGAAUGUACAAACUCGCUCAACUUUUACGCCACUGUAGUUUUUGUAAGUAAGACGCAGUGAUUUGUUUCAGAUCAAAUCGAACUCCUGUCGUUUUAACUCAACAUGGUGGAUCCCUCCUGCUGAAAAGAUGUUAAUAACUUAUACUCAUUAUCAUUAUUGAUGAAUCAGUUCAUUGUUUUUCUUUCCCUCAAUUCGUUAAUGAAUUGUCUGGAUUAUAAAAUUGAUGAACGGGACAUUUUAACAUCUAAUCACAGGUUAACUGAGAGAAAGACAUUACCAAUGUAUGAAUGUAAAACCUUUGGAGAGCACCUUUCAAUCCGCAGAGAAACAUUAACGAUCAUCAAAAGUUGUGCCCUUAAAUAAUCCCCAUGUUUAUUACACGACGAUGACGUGGUCCACGGUAGGGAGGGCGGUUUUCCCAGCAUUCGAUCCACAGAGACUAAAAGUUAUUAACAAGACAUUGUGGCGUCGCGGCUUCAAAAUCUCUCAUCAAUCAACAAACAAAUGUUCACCAUUCAGGGUAUUUCUAAAGCUUUAUAUACGCAAAACUUGCUAAACGCAGUAUUUGUAAAAUGUCCCCCAAAAAAAAAGAAAAGGGCAUUUGAAAAAUAAACAUCAGUAUUUUAUAUGGACGAGUAAAAAUGUAACUAAAACAAAUGUAAAGCGUCGUCGUCGUCGUCGUGCUCCGGUUCCUUCUGCUACAGGAAUCCAGCAACUUUACUAUUUAUGAUCACAAACUGAAAUUGCUUUUUUGUUUUAGUUUUUUUGGACUCCGUAAAGGUCCGAGAAAGAGCUUGAGCUUUGUUCACAUCUUUGCUCUAUAAAAAUCUCACUCGUGGUGUUAUGUCGUUACUCAUUGACGGUCUCAGCAGAAGAAAGCGAACGAUGGAGCGACUGAUCUGAAAAGAUCUGCUGUUUAGUCCAGUAAGUUAAAAAAAAAGUACAACGGGUAAAGUUUCCAAAGAAAAGCAACAUGAAAUGUCAACAAACCGUAACUUGAAAUACGAUCGUCCGGGCAAAGGUUGACAUGAAAUUGAGCCUGGUGCUUCUGCAGACUUGACGGACACGUUAUUUUCUCAAGGUGUUUUUCAUUUAUUCACCGUGAGAAAGCAUCUCUCGGUUGUUUUGCGACUCCUCGCCUCUCGAGGAGAAGCAGAGAAGCAGAAGCAGCCGACGGAACCGUUCAGUGAAGUGAACGUCCGCCUCCGUCUCCGUCGUCGUCGUCGCAUCAUCACGUCUGUUUCCGCUGUAUCUUACUGUAGCACCAAAGUCCGUGAGGCUCAUCUGCAUGGUACAGUACCCAACCUUCUUGUUGCCAUGACAAUAUUCUUGUGCUUCUUCCCUUUUUUUUUUCGUCGCCAUUUUUUUCGGGGGUUUCGUGAAACUAAACCGGAUUUUUUCGGAGAGUAAAAGCUGAGAGAUUGGAGUGACGUUAAAAAAAAAGAAGGUUUUUUUUGGUGUCUGUGAUGACUCGGGACCGUGGGAGAUCAUUAUUAUGUUUUUGGUUGGUGUAAGUUAUGUUGUCUCGUAUGUUUUUUUGUUGUUGUUUUUUUGUUGUCAGCUUUUUUUGCCUGUUUUCCUAUUUAAAAAAAAAAUAUUGAUGUAAAAAAUAUUGCGUUAUUUGAAUAAAUAAGAGAUCUGCUGUUUAA